CACGUAAACAAAUAAAUAAUACACAUUGCCGCGCGGACAACGCCGGUCGGGUUUCUUCGUGGUGCGCCUUAACCCUUACCACCUGGAACGAUGGAACUGCUCUCCGAUCAGGGCCUCCGGUUGGAUGGCCGUCGGGCAAACGAACUGCGCCAAAUAAAGUGUAAAAUGGGUGUGUUUAGUCAACCGGACGGCAGCGCGUACGUCGAGCAAGGCAACACAAAGGUCCUGGCAGCGGUGUACGGUCCACAUCAGGCUGCCUCGAAGAAGGGCAACUUUGACGAGGUUAUCGUCAACUGCCAGUACAGUAUGGCAACGUUUUCUACCGGCGAGCGGAAGAAGCGACCUCGGGGGGAUAGAAAAUCACAAGAAAUGACGAUUCACCUGAAGCAAGCGUUAAGCGCAUCGAUCAAAAUGGAGCUCUACCCACGGUCACAGAUCGAUGUGUACAUAGAGGUGCUGCAGGCUGACGGAGGCAAUUACUGUGCAUCGGUAAAUGCGGCCACCCUUGCGCUCGUUGAUGCGGGCAUAUGUUUGAAGGAGUACGUUUGUGCGUGUACGGCAUCGCUCGCGAAUGGAAAUGUGCCGCUGAUGGAUGUGUCCCAUCUGGAGGAAACGAGCGGUGGACCAACGCUGACGGUCGCAUCGCUACCGAGCAGUGGAAAAAUCGCCUUCAUGGAAAUGUCCCAACGGUUCCAUCUGGAUCAUCUGCCGAAGGUGCUGGAGACUGCGCUGAAAGGAUGCCGCGAGGUGCAGAACGUUAUCGAUCGAACCGUCCGGGAGCACGUAACGUACCUGGGCCAGGCAGGCGGAUGGGGUCACGUUAGUAAAUAAACACCUACAAACACACAAAGCACA